CAUGGCGUGAACAUGCAGUCACCUAGUGACACGUGUGUAAAAUGUCAAAAUCUGAUGUAAUAAAACUAUGCGUUGGGAUAAUUAUUGUCCUUAUUAUUUGCAUUCCUGAAAUGAUCAAGACUGUGAAAGAAAACUCUGUAAUGUUGUCCUGUACAGAUACUCUUCUCAGCAAAGGAUCGCACUCUUCUAAAAUGGUAAACGUCUCUUUCGUGUGUAUAUUACAAAAGAAUGAGGACAACUUCACACAUGAUCAACUGGAAUCUUUCAUGAGUGAUAAACGGACAAUAUCUGCCACCAUUGUCAGAAGGUGUGUCAACAUGUCACAUAUUCACUCUAAGCAGUUUAAUUCUGCUCCAGGACAAAGUGUGCACGAGGAAAGGAAGGCCAAAGAUGACAUAAAUCGCUUAAUGGAAAUGAAAGGAAAAUAUCGGAUUUCUUCCUACGAGAAGUUUCACGUUAUUUUAGUGAGUUCUGAAGAAGAUACCCAACCUUCAGCAUCAAACAUCGAAAUCUACAUUGCCAAUGUUAGUGGACACAAUCCGACAACAGAUGCAAUAUCGUCUUAUCUACCCGAUGAGCUAAGGAGCUACGACAUGAUUAAUAUAUCACUACAGUUUUAUAGUAACACUCCAUAUUUCACAAGCACACUUGGGAUCGUCUGGCUGUGUCUGCUGCCACUUAUUUUUAUUUGUGCAUUAUUCAUGUUUAUAUAUAAAAUGUCGACUCAAAACAGAGAUUGGUAA